GUGCUGACAGCACAGAGAGCCAGGAAUCCGUUUACUGAGCGUUACAAUUAAACGGGCUCUGCGUUUCAGUUGAUUGUUGUCAGAUCUACUUAUUGCUCGACUUGCUAAAUAAGUGCAAAAGCAGCACGGCUUUUCUCUGUGUUUCACAUACCUCACGGACAUUUUAUUUAUCCGUUUGCUUAUUUUGCUCUGGAAAGUAUUUAAUACAAGGACGUAUUCUGUGAGCAGAGAGCGACUUCGACUUCAGUAGACAUGUGUAUAAGAAGAGACGACCAAUUACACGUCAUCUUUACGGUGUUGGUUCUCGCUGCUGCGGUGACAAGCAUACAUGGGCAAGUGUCUUCUCUAGAGAAUGGAAAUGUUGGGGGCCAGAGGAGAGUCGAAGCAGACAGCGGAGCCUUCACACACUCGUCCACACAGGACACAGAGAGUGAGAUCCACCAUUUUACCACAGCAUCCUCCAUGAACGUCCCCAACCACCGACCUGUCUUCAGAGGCUUCGCCCUACAUGAACUCCUGCUCACUAAAGAUUUCCAGGGGGACCAGCGGUUUUUCACAGACCAUGGAGACGUGGAAGGACAUCCCACAAUGCCCGGCUCUGUUACUGCCUUUGAGGGGGGGGAUGCCUCAACUCGCCUGGUGCCACAUGAGGACGCCCCUGCCUUCUCUGACAUUGCCACUACUGCCACGGUGGCUGCCACAACCCCCCUCACCAUCUCUGCUUCCACAGACCCUGGGCUACUGGUGAGCAUGGCUCAGAAUAACCAGUUUGCCAAGGACAGGGAGGCAGAGAAGGUGGCAGUGACCACAGACUCCCUGACCACCCCUGUAGUGGCAACCACUGCCCCUACAGUCAGUGGCCGCAGCCCCAAUGCCCCCCCCUUCCUGAAUGGAAGCGCCUAUGGUCAGGGGGAAGUUAUCAUGGAAGCCACCCUGCCCCCCCCUGUCCUGAACACCUCAAUUAGGGUGGAGAAAGGUGAGUCAGGGGAACCAGGGGUAAAGAACAAAACAGACCCUGGCAUCCAGCUCACCAAACUGACCGCCUUAUCCACAGGAGAGGUGGAUGAGGGAAUGACCACCACAACCAUCAUCACAACCACCACCAUCACCACCAUGCAGACACCAGGUCCCUGCACUGUGAAUUUCACUGACCCCGAGGGCCACAUCAAGAUUCCACAGCAGCAUUCUGCAGCGUUGUCGUCCGACCCUGGAGUGGAUUGCACCUAUGUGGUGACGGUCUACCUGGGAUACGGGAUUGAAGUACAGGUGCUGAACGUGAGCCUGUCUGAGGGGGAGGUGAUGACGGUGGAGGACAUGGGGGGACGGGAGUCCUCCAUCCUUGCCAACGAGACCGUCCUGAUGAGGGGUCUGGUGGUGCGCAGCUGGAGCAAUCAGAUCUCCAUCCGUUACCGCAGUGACCAGCAGCCUCGCUCCGGCUCCCUGCUGCUGCUGCGUUACCAAGCCUUCGUUCUAAGCUGUGCCUUCCCUAAGGAGCCAGCCAAUGGGGAAGUAUCAGUGACUCACCUCCAUGCUGGGGGAGAAGCCUACUUCCAGUGUCUGACCGGAUACCAGCUGCAAGGCCCCACCAUGCUCACCUGUCGCAACGCCACUACACCUUACUGGAGUGGAAAGGAGCCCAAAUGCCUGGCUUCCUGUGGUGGUAUGAUUAAAAAUGCCACGUUGGGCCGUAUUGUCUCUCCUGGAUUCCCUGGCAACUACAGCAACAACUUGACGUGCCAUUGGGUCUUGGAGGCUCCUGAAGGCCACCGGCUUCAUGUUCACUUUGAGAAAAUGGCUUUGGCUGAGGAUGAUGACAGACUCCUUAUAAAGAAUGGGAACAACAUUGACUCCCCUCCGGUGUAUGACUCCUACGAGGUGGAGUACCUGCCCAAUGAGGGCGUGGUGAGCACAGGCCGUCACCUCUUUGUGGAGUUCACCACAGAUGGGACGGUCACCUCUACGGGAGCAGCAAUCAGAUAUGAAGCUUUUGCAAAGGGCACAUGCUAUGGGCCCUUUGUGAAGUAUGGCAACUUCACCAGCAGUGACACGGCCUACGGUGUGGGUGCGGUGGUGGAAUUUGCCUGUGACCCUGGCUACACUCUGGAGCAGGGCUCAGUCAUCAUUGAAUGUCUGGACGCAGAGAACCCCCAGUGGAAUGAGACAGAGCCAGCCUGCAGGGCUGUGUGUAGUGGUGAAAUCACAGACUCAGCCGGGGUGGUUCUCUCUCCAAACUGGCCGGAGACCUACGACAAGGGCCAGGACUGCAUCUGGGGCAUCCACGUGGAAGAGGACAAGAGGAUUAUGCUGGACAUCCAAGUGCUCAAUGUGGGUAAGAAUGACCUGUUGACCUUCUACGAUGGUGAUGACCUAACAGCUAACAUCCUGGGUCAGUACAGUGGCACCAGGUCUCGCUUCAAGCUCUACACCUCCAUGGCUGAUGUCACCAUCCAGUUCCAGUCGGACCCUGCUACUAACAUCUACGGCUACGGCAACGGCUUCGUGGUCCACUUCUUUGAGGUCCCCAGGAACGAUACAUGCUCUGAGCUGCCAGAGAUCACCAACGGCUGGAAGAGCACCUCCCACCCAGACCUGAUCCACGGGACAGUGGUCACCUACCAGUGUUACCCAGGUUACGAGGUGCAGGGCUCGGAGAUCCUAAUGUGCCAGUGGGACCUGACGUGGAGCGGAGAUGUGCCUAGCUGUGAGAAAGUAAUGACAUGUCCGGACCCGGGGACUGUGGAGCACAGUCGGAGGGUGCUGACGGGAUCCCGCUUCAUGGUGGGAUCAACGGUGCAGUAUGUGUGCAAUAAGGGCUACUCCCUGUCUGGAAGCACACUGCUCACCUGCUACAACAGAGACACAGCUAACCCCAAGUGGAGUGAGAAGCUUCCCAAGUGUAAACCGGAGAGGUACGAGCCCUGCAGGAACCCUGGCGCCCCAUCCACCAGCGUGCAGAGCUUAGAAAAGGCCUUCUACCAGGCCGGGGAGACCCUGAGCUUCACCUGUCGUACCGGCUAUGAGAUGCAGGGGGAGCCCACCAUCCGCUGUGUCCCUGGACACCCGUCACAAUGGAGCGGCACACCACCCACCUGUAGCGCAUCCUCCUCGCAGUAUUUGAACGAGCGCAAGUUGGAUGUUGCUAGUCCUGACUACGGUAUGGAAGGAAGCAACAUUGUCAUUGCUGUUCUGAUUCCUGCUGCGGUCGUACUGCUAGUCAUCCUGGGGAUUUACCUCUACUUUGCAAAACUUCAGGGGAAGACCAUCAGAAUGCCAACAUCAUCCUUGCCACCAUAUGACAACAUGACAGAGGAGUCUGCCUUUAAUAACCCAAUCUAUGAGACAGGAGUAAGUAUGGAUGUCAUGCACAUGAAUCUCCGAGACGUGGACUCCCAGAACACCAUAGUCCUGUCCUGAUCCAUCUCAUCGUCAUCUGUCUGCCUGUCAUCUCAUGUUUAACCAGCUGAGGGCACUCUUCACACCGUCUCCCACCGCAGACACGGGGGGUCUGAGCUGUGCCUCUCAAUUUGUGGUCUUGUGUUGAAUGCAGCCAAGCACCUACAAAUGAUCUCUCUCAACUUUGAAGCGUGGAAGCCCUACAGUUUACUUAGCUUUAAAGCUUUAUAAAAAUAUGUGCAUUUUCAGUGGAUCAAUAGGAUUGUACAAGCACUCAAUCAGUGGAUUGGAUUAGGGACAGAUGUAGUACACUACACAUAUGCGUUUCCAUUUGUGAUGACCUCUGUAGGAUCCAUUUUGAGCUUUGCACAGUGCUUCUGUUCGGACUAUGCUUCUGGAUAGAUGAAUGUAAUAUUUUACUGCAUGAAGGUGAAAAAGCUUGAACAAAAAUGCUUAAUGUCAACUUCAAAGACACUUUAAAGCUCCUCCAUCUUUGUGUCAUCAUCAUCAUGUCAUUCACAUGGGAUUGAGUUCAUUGAGUCUUAUCCAUUAAUUAGUUUGAAUUACUUUUGAAAAGUGUACAUUUAUGGGCCCUAUCAGGGGGGCAACUUUGGUUUUAGAAGUGGGGGGGACAUAUUUAUUAUUAUUUUGUAUCAUAAAUUUUUUUUAUCCGGUCGGAUAAACACUCCAAACAGCCUACCCGACCGCUCAGAGAUGUCCGCAUGGUCCUGAAACACAUCGUUGCAUCGUUUUGUAUCACAUUCCAAUGAUAAAACUGGGGGGGCCAAAAAUUCAAUUUCAGACCCGUUUCCACACCCGUCCACACCCCCGUCCACACCCCAUCCACACACCCCUAUCCCCCGUCCCCAGUCCCCAUCCUCAGUGAAAGUUGCACCCCUGGACCCUAUUAUAAAUGAUUGUUUUUGAAUCAAAUAGGCUAUAACAAAUGUCAAUGUACAAUAAUAGACUGUAUUAACAUCUACACUUAGUAUUGACGUUACUUUUAUGUGCUGCACACAACAUUUCAGAGCACUUAAAAUAACAACCAAAAUCCUUAGAUUUGACAUUUAGCUUGUCAGGAAUUCUUGUACUUGUCUUACAUAUUCCGUUGUCCAUAAGUCCUUCAUAUCUAUAUAGAUGUGUGUACAAAUAUAUCAGUUACAUGUAUUUGUUAGUUCAUUUAAAUGUAUUUGUUUUAUUUAAUGUGAGUGUUGGAUUUGUUGUGCAAUGUCACAGGAACAUUGUUCAAGCAACAGAAUGCUGCCAUGUCUAUUAUUGUGUUGUGUUAAACUAUUCAUCAUCUCUGUUACAAAUGUUAGUGAUGCAUAAAAUUCUCCUAAACUACAGCAACUUUGUGCUUGAUAAACCAUCUGACUUGAAUCAUGCCCUUGAUUCAAAAUAUUUUCCUAUUAGUCACUCUGCUGUGGGACUUGAGCGGAUGCUGUGUCUCUCUCAUUCUUUACUUUCAUGUUCUGGACUCCAUUUUGACUGGACCAUACUCUCCUCCUCCACCUCUUCUUCCCAUCAGCCCCGGCAGGCGUUCUGUGAUUACUAAUGACUGUGUCUGUCUGUCCCUCCUUGGCUGCCUGCAGAAGAACAACGAGGUAAGGCCUUCUUCUGAUGCCGACUGUCCAUCUUAAAAGGCACACCUAAACUACACCUCAACCACUGUCAUCUGUCACUGCAUCCACUUCCAGCCAGCUGUCCACUGUACCGAACUGGUGUCAACACUUCUGUCACUUCAGUCAACACCUUGUGGGGUUCCUCACAACACAGCUCCCUGACCCUCACUUCAUCUCUCCUUCUCUCUCUUUCUCUCUCUCUCUUUCUCUCUCUAACAUGUACUAUUUACUUCAGUUGGAAAAGAAAAUACCUUUAUAUAACAUCUCACUGUUAAUGAAAGUAAAGUAUGGGGUGUCAGUAAAAUGUGAAGCUUAAAUUUACUACAUUAUUGUUGUUGCACUGAUGUCCUGUCUUUUUCAUGUCCUCGCACUCUCUUGUCAAUCAGUUUGAAACAAUAUUAAAGAAUUUCUGUUCUGA